AGCACUAAAGAUCAUUCAAAGCUUUCAACUUUCAACAUGUCUCGUAAAGCCUUCUUCAGAUCCAUCGUGUCUUUCUCCUCCUUCUUACUUUUCACCCGUCUGGUUCUGUCGACUCCUCCGGAGGACCCCGUCAAGUGCUCUUCUCCGAAAAACACAAGCUGCACAAUCACAAACUCCUAUGGCGUCUUCCCUGACAGAACCACCUGUUCUGCAUCGCAAGUUCUGUACCCAACUUCAGAACAAGAACUCGUAUCAGCAACUGCGUUCGCAGCAAAGAACGGAAUGAAAAUGAAAGUGGCCACUCGUUACUCUCACAGCAUCCCAAAACUGGUGUGCCCAGAUGGCCAGAAUGGAUUGCUUAUAAGCACAAAGUAUCUGAACCAGAUAGUGAAAGUUGAUGUGGAGGAGAGGAAAAUGGUGGUUCAGAGUGGUGUGACUUUGAAGCAGUUAAUUAACGAGGCUGCAAAGGUAGGGCUAGCCUUGCCGUAUGGACCGUACUGGUGGGGCCUCACCAUUGGAGGACUUAUGGGCACAGGGGCUCAUGGAAGCUCGUUGUGGGGAAGAGGAAGUUCAGUUCAUGACCAUGUUGUUGAGGUCAGGGUCGUUGUGUCUGCAAGUCCUGAAAAUGGGUUCGCUAAGGUUCUGGUUUUGAAGGAAGAAGAUGAAGAUCUCAAUGCAGUUAAAGUUUCUCUUGGCGUUCUUGGAGUUCUUUCCCAGAUAACUCUAAAACUAGAACCCAUGUUCAAGAGAUCCAUAACCUAUUUGGCAAAAAAGGAUUGGGACUUGGGAGACCAAGUGGGCAGUUUUGGACACAACCAUGAGUUUGCUGAUAUAACGUGGUACCCAUCUCAGCACAAGGCUGUGUAUCGUGUUGACGAUCGUGUCCCAAUCAAUGUCUCAGGAAAUGGCCUUUAUGACUUCAUCCCUUUCCGUCCCACUGCUUCACUCGAAUUGGCUCUCAUCAGAACCACUGAGGAUGUUCAAGAAUCCACCAAUGAUGCUAAUGGGAAGUGCUUAGGUGCAAAGACCACAAUGGACGCCCUUAUCAACUCUGCUUUUGGACUUACGAACAAUGGCAUAAUCUUUACGGGGUACCCAGUGAUAGGGUUUCAGAAUCGCCUACAAGCCUCAGGGACAUGUCUUGACAGCCUUAUGGACGCAAAGAUCACAGCGUGUGCGUGGGACUCGAGGGUAAAAGGUGAGUUCUUCCAUCAAACUACGUUCAGCAUAGCUUUACCUUCCGCAAAAGGCUUCAUAGAAGAUGUUCAAAAGCUGGUUCAGUUAGAGCCAAAGGCACUCUGUGGAGUGGAACUCUACAAUGGCAUCCUGAUGCGCUAUGUCAAGACCUCAAGUGCCUACUUGGGGAAGCAAGACGAUGCUAUAGACUUUGACAUCACGUACUACAGAAGCAAGGACCCUACGAACCCUAGGCUUUAUGAAGACAUUAUCGAAGAGAUAGAGCAGCUUGGGAUCUUCAAGUAUGGAGGGUUUCCGCAUUGGGGGAAGAACAGAAACUUAGCGUUUGAUAAAGCUAUCAGAAAGUACAAAAAUGCAGACAAGUUUCUCGAGGUUAAAGAGAGGUUUGAUCCACAAGGGCUUUUCUCUAGUGAAUGGACUGAUCAAGUUCUUGGAUUAAAAGAAGGAUUGAUGAUAGAGAAAGAUGGGUGUGCUUUGGAAGGCUUGUGUAUAUGCUCACAGGACAGCCACUGUGCACCAAGCGAGGGAUACUUUUGCAGACCAGGCAGAGUUUAUAAGGAAGCUAGGGUUUGUACUCGUGUGAAAUCUAAAACAGUGUGAUAGUAAGAUAGAAGAACGAAACAUGUUUCUUGAUGAUAUAUAGAGGAUGAACAAAAAGUUAAAUUUGUAGUAUGACAUAUAUCUGAUAGAAAUGAAAAUAGAGGAUAGAGAGAAAUAUAAAUUAUUAACAGGAUAUUCAAUUUUAAUAUCUAGUUUAUGUUUAUGCAUUUUUUUUAAUAGCUGACUUUUUAUUUUAUUGAAUGAGCCCACAUUGCUAGAA